GUGUAUCGCUUGUCUACUUUGGGAUCACCUCUUCAUGAGAUCAUAAAUACGUCAAACAUUGACCACUCAUGUCGUCAUCGAAUUCAAGUCGAAACCGUCGGUCACACAAUAGAAAGGACAGUCGUGUCGAUGAAGAUAACAAUACCAAGAAAACAGGUUUCGACUCAAAACUGGUUGAAGCCAUUAAACAUUACAAUACAUUUUACGAAGCGCCGCCACCGGGUUUUAUCAAAGAGGAAGAGGAACGACCCGAAGAUUGCAUUCCAGAUCUGCCCGAGAAUUCGGCCGCCCGUGACUUCUUAGCUCACGCACCGAAAAAAGGUCUUUGGAUGCCAUUAGGCAAAGAGGUUAAGGUUAUGAAGUGCUGGAGAUGUAAGACUUAUGGACAUCGAACCGGAGAUAAAGAAUGUCCAUUGUUUUUGAGUGGCAAUAAAGAAUCGGAACAAUUCAGAUAUAUACACGAAGACCCAAUGUAUGAUUAUAUCAAACAAAAUGAAGAUAAAGAAAAACAAUUAUCAAAAGUGGAACAAUUGAAGGCAUUACUCGAUGAAAAAUCAUCCACUAGUAGUUCCAGUAGUGAUACUAAUAGUUCAUCCACUUCAUCAUCAUCUUCUUCUUCAUCGAGACAUAAAAAAAGAAAAAGAUCGACACAUAAAAAGAAACGAAAGAGUAAUCACAAGAGUAAUCAUAAAAAGGACAAUAAAAGAAAACAAAGAAGAAAAUAAUUUAUAAUAAAUUUUGUUUUUGAA